AUGUGCAUCGACUGGAACGCGUGCAUCGCCGCAAUGGGCGGCGAGAAACACGGCGGUGAGAUUCGACCCGGCGCUGUCGCCGACGCGGCUGCAUCUCCAGCCAUGGGGUCUGAGGCUUCGGCAGCAGCAGAACAAGAUAGCUCCAAGCUACUAUCCUCACAUGCAGAGAAGGCGGAUAGUGGUACUAAUGGUGCUAAGACGAACUCAUCGCGUUCAAUGCAAGAAGCGGACGGAAAUAUAGCGCUCGCGAUAAUAGAGGAGGGCUUUGCUCUUGCGGGGACAUUCAAUAUCGCGGAUUUUGUGCCGUGGCUGAGCUACCUCGACCCGCAGCACAUAUACGCGCGCACGAAGCGCCUCGUGCCGCAACAGCACGGGUUGAUGCGCGCUUGCAUCGCGGAGCGACGCCAUCUCCUGCUAAAAACGCGGUCAGGGGGACGCGAAAAGCCGGAGGACUCGGCCCUUGUAGAUGCUCUGUUCGAGAUUGAAGGGGAGGGGGAGGAUAAAGUGGAUAAAGACGAGAUGCUGCUGCUCGCGAUUGAUAUGAUGAUGGCGGGCACUGAUACCACCGCCAAGACCGUGGAAUGGGCGCUUGCUGAGCUGGCACAGCACCCUGACAUGCUGGAAAGGCUCCGUGCUGAGGUGGAUGCGGCGUAUUCCAGCGUAACUCUAGGUGGGUACCACAUCCCUCCCAACACCAUGAUCCAGAUCAAUGGCUGGGAUCUCGCGCACGAUCCAACGGUCUGGAUCAACCCGCACAAAUUUGACCCCUCCCGGUUCCUUGACCCUGCUGCCCCUGGCAUGACCGGGCAAAAUUUCAGCCUGCUGCCCUUUGGUUCGGGCAGGCGCGGGUGCCUUGGGACGAAUAUGGGAUUGGACCUCUCUGCCCGCCUGCUGGCGAAUUUUGUUCUGCGGUUUGAUUUUGAGCUGCCCGAAGAUGUUAAGGCAGCUGGAGGAGUGGACAUGACGGAAACUUUUGGGUUGACCAUGGCUCUGGCAAAGCCACUCAGGCUUGUGGUGAGGGAGAGAAAGGCAGUGGUGGGGGCUGUUGGGAGGGCGGCAGUGGGGUCUACAGUGGUGACUGCAGGAGCCCGGUGCAGGGAAGUUCCAGUGGGUGCAGGGGGAGUUUCAGUGGGUGCAGUGGGAGUUCCAGUGUGUGCAGUGGGAGUUCCAGUGUGUGAUGUGGGAGUUCCAGUGGGUGCAGGGGAGUUUCAGUGGGUGCAGUGGGAGUUCCAGUGGGUGCAGAGGACUUCCAGCGGGUGCAGUGGGAGUUCCAGUGGGAGUAGUGGGCGUGGGAGUUCCGCCGACUCGCAUUUUAUCAUCACAGCCGUGAUCGCAGCCAUCGCGGUUCUCAUUUCGACUUCAUGGCUUUCAUUCCUCCGCCGCCGUCGCUCCCUCCCCCCCGGCCCUUCCCCAUGGCCCAUCCUCGGCAACCUCCCGGACCUGGGACCGCUACCUUUCCGCUCCCUCGCGAAGCUGGCCGACAGUCACGGCCCGAUCCUGACCGUCUGGUUCGGUUCCACGCCUUCAGUAGUAAUUUCGUCGCCGGAACUCGCUCGAGAGGUGCUUAAAACGAAGGAUAGGCUUUGCUCGUCACGUCCGCUUCCUCCCACCGUGGCGAUGCUCACUCUCGACGGCAAAAACAUCGCGUUUUCACCAGCCAACGAACAUUUGCGAAAGAUGCGACGGCUGGCGACGCUCAACCUUCUCUCUGCGAAGAAACUGCAGGAGAGCCUUCCCGUGCGAGAGGGGGAGAUUCGCGACAUGCUCGACGCGAUCUCUGCUGACGUAGCUGCUGCAGAUCUGACUAAAACGGAUGCUACUAGUUCUGUUAGUAGCUGUGCUGCUGCCGGUGCCACGAAAUCUGCCACCGCUGCAGAGGAGGGGAUCGAGGUGCGAAGGUAUCUGAACCGCGCUACGCUGAACAACAUUCUCCGCCUUGCUGUCGGGAAGCGCUUCGGCUAUUCGUCGAUUCGCGGCGCGGCCGGCACCACGCCAAAGGCGAUUCUCGACGCCGCGAUGCGCAUCGACUGGAACGAACGCAUCGCCGCAAUGAGCGGUGAGAAACGUGGGGGCGGGGUCCGCGGCACCGCCGACGCGGCUGCCGCAGCUCCGGCUGUUGGGUCUGAGGCUCCGGCGGCAGCGGCAGAAGAAGAACUAUCCCCCCCGACAGAGGACAAAGUGGAAGGAGAAGUGGCAUUUUCGAUUAUUGAGGAGGGUUUUGCAGUCGCAGGAGCAUUCAAUAUCGCGGAUUACGUCCCUUUGCUGAGCUACUUGGACCCACAGCGCAUGUACGCGCGCGCGAAGCGCCUCGCGCCGCAGCUGCACGGCUUCAUGCGCGCGUGCAUUGAGGAGCGACGGCGGAUCGUGCUGCAGAAGGAAUGUUCCUCAAACGAAGGGAACGAGACUGCACUCGUUGACGUGUUGUUCGAAGGGGAGGGAGAGGAUGAGAUGGAUAAAGACGAGAUUCUGAUGCUCGCAGUUGACAUGAUGAUGGCCGGGACCGAUACCACUUCUAAGACCGUGGAAUGGGCGCUUGCUGAGCUGGCACAGCACCCGGACAUGCUGGAAAGGCUCCGCGCUGAGGUGGAUGAGGCUUAUGCCAUGUCAGCAAGUGCAGCGGCAGAAACUGGGGUGGCUCCAGCAGGAGGAUCUGAUCUCAUGGUCUCUCUUCCGGUAACGGAAAUGCCGUACCUGCAGGCUGUUUUAAAAGAAACACUUAGGCAUCACCCUGUCGCUCCAUUCCUCAUUCCUCACCUGACAACUGACAGUGUAACUUUAGGGGGUUACCAGAUCCCUCCCAACACCAUGAUCCAGAUCAAUGCUUGGGCUCUUGCACACGAUCCAACGGUCUGGAUCAACCCACAUGAAUUUGACCCCUCUAGGUUCCUUGACCCUGCUGCCCCUGACGUGACCGGGCAAAACUUCAGCCUGCUGCCCUUUGGCUCGGGCAGGCGUGGGUGCCUUGGCACGAACCUGGGGUUGGAUCUGUCUGCCCGCCUUCUGGCAAAUUUCGUUUUGCGGUUUGAUUUCAAGCUGCCCGAAGAUGCUAGGGCAGCUGGAGGAGUGGACAUGACAGAAACUUUUGGGCUGACCAUGGCUCUGGCAAAGCCACUUCGGAUUGUGGUGAGGGAGAGAAAGGCAGUGGCAGGGGCGGUGGUUGCUGCUUCAGGAGCAUGA